AUGGAGCUGCCGUGGGUGCUGCUGGCGCUGGCUGGGACAGGCACAGCCGCGGGCCUGGCCCAGCUGCCCUACGUGCCCCGCGUGCCCCCCGUGGCACUGCUGGGGAAGGUCACUGCCACCACCUUCGCCCUGGAGAGACCCUGCUGCGUCUUCCACCGGCACGCCAACGCCUCCGACACUGUUUGGCUGGUGGUGGCUUUUGCCAACGCGUCAGCCACCUUCAGGAACCCCUCAUGCCGCGCUGACGUGCCCCUGUACAAGCAGCUGCCCACCACCCACUCCUACAUGACUCUGGAGACGGCGGCGGCCGCGUUCGCCUGCCCAGCCCCGAGCCCGGCCGUGCUGCGGGUCGGGGGUGACACGGCGUGCAAGGACCAGGGCAGGCAGGACCCCUGCAACGGGCCCCUGCCCUCCCCAGGACCCUACAGGGUGAAGUUCCUGCUGAUGGGCUGCCACGGCCCCAAAGCGGAGACGCGCUGGUCGAACCCCAUCCUCCUGCGCAGAGCCCUCAGCCCAAGCACCAUCGACCCCCUGCCCACAGGCCGUGGCAGUGACGUGGUGGUCAUCGCCUCCCUCCUGGCCAGCCUGGGGACAGUGCUGGCCACUGCUGUGCUCGGAGCCCUGGGUACCAAGGUGAGGUCUGUCGCCCACCCGUGCCCCGAGUGCGGCGGUUCCCAACACGCCUCGCCGGCGGGCGCUCAAACAUAA